GUGAUCGUAGUGUUCCUUUAUACAUUGAUCAAUUUUAAUUUAUUUAAGGGAUAUUACUGUUUUCAUUUUUUAUACCUGCAUUAUUGAUAUACCAUAAGAAAUUCCAAAUGCAAAAGGAAAAGCAAAAGCAAAAGAAAAAGAAAAAGAAGCCGAAAAGAAAAAGAUAUGAUACAUUCUCAAUUUCAUAUCCGGAAAGAGAGGAGAUGAAGGCCUCAUUCAAUGACCCUUUACGCUAGCUUGAAACCACUUUCUACCCAGAUUACAUGGUUGGACCCAAAUAGGAGUGAAUCAGUUGUUCCCAUGAUCUCUUGACUCACUCCAGUUUGUUUCAUUCAUCAAUUUGAAGAUGACAGACAGUACUGUUGUGGACUUUGUGUUGGAGAAGAUGAGGCAGUUGCUAGUAAACUCAAAUGAUGAUCGGUUGAUUGAGAAGAAACUCAUAGAAGACAAGGACCAAAUCCAAUUGCUUUAUGAGGAUAUCAAAUUCCUUGGAAAGUUUCUCAAAGAUUCAUCGGAAGAUAUGAUACGCAAUGAGGAGCAUGAGCAGCUGGUCUCAAAAAUUGAAGAUUUGACUCGCAAGGUUGCAGAUAUCAUUGAUCCGCUAGUCGUCAGCACUGUCUUGCAGAAACAACAUACAACAAGAACAACAGUGUUUGCUGCUGCUGAUGAAGUGCUUGGUCUCCGUUUGUCCUGGGAGAUGGUUGAUCUGGCUAAGAACAUCUAUCGUGGCUUUAAAACUAUUGCAGAUGAGAUAGAUUUUUUCAAUGUAUAUAUAACAAAUGUGCAAAGAAUGAUUGAUGUUAAUACAAUGAUUGAUGUUAAUACAGCGAUCAGAAUAUUGAACAAUAUUUAUGAGAUCAAUGAGGAUAGAGAAGGGAGGAAAGCUCCACAAAGUCAGAUGAGAAAAAGAAUGAUUAUCAAAUGGCUUCAGUCUCGUGACAUGCCUGAUGAAUUCCGUUUCUUCAUCAAAUUGUCCGAAAUGAUGGUCCAUCGGACUAAAAAGAUUCGUGAUUCUGAUUAACGAAGAAGACGUGAAGGAACUGAGUCCCACUUGGCCUGACUUUGACAUUCAUAUCCUCCUCAGUUUGUCCCAAGAGAUGGCUGACCUGGUUAAGGAAUUUUCAUGGAUAUUAUCAUGUCUAUUAUCGCGUCCCACAAUGUUGAUUCAGAAUAUCAAGAAAAAGAUUUGCGGUGUCACACAUGUGAUUCAUUCUACCAAGACGGAGAUGAUGAAUCUUUAUGGAAGGAAUUUGGGUCUCACAUGGCUUGAUUGCUCGGCGGAUAAAAUUCGUUGUGGUUUAGGCAGUGUCAGAGAACACAUCAAGUCUAUAAAAACAGAGGUGAAGGAGAUUUACGAGAAGAAGAAGCUCUAUGGCAUGACAGGAGCCCUACGAUCCAUAAAGUCUUCCCCUGGAACUUCAUCAAAACCAAUGAGGCCCAUGGUACAGGAAGAAACAGUAGUUGAUAUCAAUGAAGAAACAAGGACAAUAAAGGAACUGCUUACUGAAGAACAUGGAAAGCAGCUAAAGUGCAUAGCCAUCGUUGGCAUGCCUGGACUCGGUAAGACAACUCUCUCCAAAAAAGUUUACAAUGAUUUUUUCAUUGAAUAUCACUUUUAUAUUCGUGCACGGAUUUAUGUGUCAAGUAUAUCAGAAGAGGGAUUUGUUGCUUGCCAUUUUUAACUCCGCCUUCCCAUCUAGAGAUGAUAUUUGUGAAAUGUGUGAUGAAAAGGUAGGUGAAGAGCUGUACAAAAGCUUAAAGGGUAAGAGGUAUCUUAUAAUCAUGGAUGAUAUAUGGAAUUCAGAGCCUUGGGAUGAUCUGAAACUAAAUUUUCCAAAUGACAGCAAUGGCAGUCGAAUUCUUUUCACCACUCGACAUGAAAAUAUCUGGUUCGGUGCGGCAGUUCCGUCGUCGACGGUUGGAGAUCAUGACUGUGAGCUCGGUUUGAAGAUAGUGGUGAGCUCGGUGGUUGUGGAGUGGCAGCAGUGCUGCCCUCUAGAGUUGAUGGAAAUUGGAAAACAAAUUGCCAAAAAAUGUGAAGGACUACCCCUUGCAAAUGUUGUGAUAUCUGGACUUCUGGCAAAACAAGACAAGACACUGGAAUUGUGGAAGCAUGUUGCUGAAAGCAUACAUUCAUACACGGUGAGUGAUCCAGAGCAAUACAUGCACACACUAGAACUGAGUUACAAUGUCUUGCCUCGCUACUUGAAAGCAUGCUUCCUCUAUCUCGGAGCAUUUAUGGAAGACUACGAAAUUCCUGUGUGGAAAUUGAUCUGGUUAUGGGCUGCCGAGGGAUUUAUAUGCCAAAAUGAGCAGAAGACUUUGGAAGAAGUGGCGGAGGAUUACUUGAUUAAUCUAAUGGAUAGAAGUCUUGUAAUUGUUUCAAAGAAAAGCUCUAGUGGUGAAAUCAAAGCAUUCUAUGUACAUGAUCUCUUGCGUGACUUGUGCAUAUGA